UUCUAACAAAAUUUCGUGUUAAAUCUAAUUGAGGAAAAACUGCUCACGUUACUAUACAGUGUAAAAAUGUGGCUCAAAAAACUUAUUCUGUACACCUUGUUAAUAUUUGAAAUUAUUUUGGCUGGGGAAGUUGGAGAUAGAUGUAAACCAAAUGCAGAUGUUACUGAAGGAACUUGCAAAUCUGUUAUGGAUUGUGAAAUAGCUAUAAGUUCAAUCAUGAAACAUGGUCAUCAUCCCUUUAGCAGAUGUGGUUUUUCUCAAACUGUAGAGAUUGUUUGCUGCCCUAAAAGGAGGUUUGUCACACCAAAACCAACUGUAAAACCCAACCCUACCCCAACGAGUGCUAAAUUUGGAGAGAGGUCUUCUAGAAUUGCAGAUAAAGAAUGCGAAAACAUUAUUAAAGCAAGCUUGCCUCCACUAAAUUUACAUAUAAUAGGUGGUGAGAAUGCAUCAAUUGGGGAGUUCCCACACAUGGUGGCGCUUGGCUAUGAACGUACAGAUGGAUACGAUUUUCUGUGUGGAGGAACACUGAUAUCGCAGACUUACGUUAUAACAGCUGCCCACUGCAUCGACACAUUAGACCAAGUGAAGCCAAGUAUCGCCCGUAUGGGAACGAUAGAGAUUGGCGACAGGCAGUGGAACAAAGAUACGGAUAAAAGGAUAGUCGACAUUCAAACACAUCCAGACUACAAAAGGCGUACUAAGUACCACGACUUGGCACUUUUGAGAUUAGAGAGCCCUAUUGAGCUGUCAAUGGCAUUAGGCCCCUUGUGCCUUUAUACCAAAACUGAUGAUCCUAAAAUACCACUUACUGUAACUGGUUGGGGUAAAACGAGUACAACAAGGGAUAUAAAGAGCUCGGUUCUACUAAAGGCGAACGUGACUGUAGUGACGCGGGAUAAGUGUGACGAAUCGUAUACAAACUGGCGCAAGUUGCCGGAGGGUAUAUCAGAGAGACAAAUUUGUGCCGGAGAUCCUGAGGGUCUGCGAGACACUUGCCAGGGCGACUCGGGUGGACCGCUGCAAGGGCUGACGGAACGCGACGGCUUCUACCGGCUCGUGGGCAUCACUUCGUUCGGGCGCGGCUGCGGCUCGCCCGUGCCCGGCGUCUACACGCGCGUCGCGCACUACCUCGACUGGGUCGAGAGCGUCGUGUGGCCGUGACCGCGGCGCUCCGAGUUACUUGCCGAGACGAUGUGACACUGUGACGCCGUGAUAGCGUGAUCCUGUGACGACGUGACGCCGUGACACUGACGAAUUCUACAAUAUUGAUAAUAAUAAAUAAUGGUCUCGAAUAAACUUAAAUCAUUUUUAAAUAUACUUAAAAGUACAAUUAUGUAAAUAAACUAAAAAAUUGUCGUCUAAUACGUUCACUUUGUUAAGGAUCUGUUUCACCAGUUGACCUUAAAGCUAACCGAUGUAUGACGGUAUCCAACUUAUAAAAGUUUAUAUUAUUCUUUUUCACUAUCAAACUCCACUUUAUUUAUGAGAUGUUUCUCUUUGCUACAUAUGAAUCUAAAAAUUGUAGUGUAAUAAUUGAGGUGAAGCAGUCCCUAAUGGCCUUUUGUUGUCUACUGUUGUUUAUUUUCAACUGGUGAAACAGACCCUCAGUGUCGUUUAUCAUUAAAAGUACAGCAAAACUACUCAUUAAAAUAUCAGUGCCAUAAAUUAAUAUUAUUUAAGUCUGCAUUUGCCAAUAAUUUGAGACAUGAUUUUCGCAUAAUAUAAAAUAUUGUUGCAUUUAUUUAAUAACAUGUGUUAUAGCAUAUUUUUGUUGUUAUUCCAAAGUUACUACUCACUGUCAACGAAAUUGAAAUAGUUAAAUAAAUGCCAGUAAUUUAUAAGUGUGUGGUUUUAUGUUUAAAGCUAAUGAAGAAAAUAUUUAUAAAGUUUUUUUUUUUAAUUUCUGUCAAUUACUAAGCGAAAUUAGAUUUAGAUUAGAGAAUUAAUUACUCAAUAAAAAUAUUAAUAAAGUUAAGAAAGUUUAUAGGUUGUAGAUAAAGAAUAUGUUAAGGUAAACUUAAUUUUUACCAAAAAAAGGUACCCUCAAUUUCAUUUCACUGUUUUUUUUUUAUAGCAUUUUUGAGUUUUUCGAUAAGAAUCAAUUGAUAUAUCAACUAAAGUUCACAAAAAUGAAGCCAUAAAAAUUUAUAGACAUGGUAAAGUAAGAGCAAAAAAACGUACUUAUAUAAAUAUGAAAUGAAAAAAAGAAAACGAUUUGUGUGUUGUGUGCGUAUAAAUAUGUGCAAUAAAAUCUGACAUUUAAAGUUUAUUUAAUUAUAUAGUAUUUAUUAGACUAUUAGAAAAUUGUUUGAAUUAUUAGCAACUAGUUGAAAUCGCCUUAAUAUUGUAUAUUGUAUAGCAUUAGUCAGUGUGCUAAAAUAUAAGAGCUCUCUACUUUUAAUAAAACUGUGAUUUAAAUAAUUAUACUACCAUAUUUUUUGUAUCAGAAUGUUUUUGUACAAACACCGAAACCUUAGGUAAUGUUGUCAAAUAGAAAAUAAAUAUUAUUAUAAUG